UGAUGCGUUGGCCAACAGGAAACGGAGCCCACUCGCGUGAGAGUCGCUCCAGAGGAAGCAACGAGGAUGACCACAACGUUGGUCUUCCUUUGGGGAGGUCACAGGUGUCGAUUUUAACCUGGCUGAACACACCUGCAAAAAGUGCUGACAUUGUGAUUUAUUGGGCCUUUGGAAUAUUAAGCGUGAAGCAAAGUAAGCAGUUUGAAGCGGGCCUCCGCUCCCUAAAAACGUCCUUCGUUUCCUUGAGGCUCCCGGCAGAUUUAUGGCGGCGUUCCUUUUGCAUGCACGCCGUCCCUCGGUGAGCCGGCCUCCCUCUCACGUUACACCCUAUUUAUAACAGCCCCUCGCCAGGCUCCCUGACUUCCCCGAGACCUCCUCCCAGCCUCCACGCUCCCCCCCUCGACAUCCGAGAGACUCCGCUCGACUCGACUCGGUUCAUCCCGCUCCGAACCGGAGACCGAGCGGAUUAAGCCGGGAAAGGACGUCCCUCUCCUCUCUUCUUUUUGGAACUUUCCGGAGCUCUUGGAUAUGCGCUGCCGGUUGCUUUAGGAGCUUUUGCCAUGGAUCACACGCUUUUCGGCUGCUUGCGGAGCCCCCACGCCCCGGCUCAGGGUCUGCACCCGGCCGCCUUCGCCCCGUCCCCGCUCACCCUACACGGACGCUCGGACCACGUCUCCUACCCCGACCUGGCCUCAUCGUCGUCCUCGUCCUCCACGUCCUCGCCGUCCACUUGCAUCAUCUCCAGCUACGCCCCCGACGACGGGCUGUACCACCCCCACCACCACCCGCAGCAACACCCGCACCACCACCACCACCACCGCGGCCACCACCCGGCCCCGCAGAGUCAGCACCACACGGCCGCCGCCUGGCACAUCCCGCACAUGUCACCCGGGGGAGCGAGGGCCAACCUCUGCCACCCGCACUCCCACCUGUCCCAUGACGGGGGUCCCGCCGCCCAGGACUUGGCCCACGCCGGGGGGCCCGCGAUGGGCGCCACCACGCCCGGCCUGGGCGGCAGCAGCACCCCCACUGGGGCCGCCUCGGAGUUUGGCAGGCCCACGCUGUCGCCUGCGGAGGCAGAGAAGAGGAACGGAAAGAGGAAAAGUGACAGUUCAGAGUCGCAGGAUGGCAGUCUGAAGUGCGAGCUGAGCGGCAAACCGCGCAAGGAGAGGACGGCCUUCACCAAGGAGCAAAUCCGAGAGCUGGAGGCCGAGUUCGCGCACCACAACUACCUGACCCGACUACGCCGAUACGAGAUCGCCGUCAACCUUGACCUCACCGAGAGACAAGUGAAGGUAUGGUUCCAGAACCGGCGGAUGAAGUGGAAGCGCGUGAAGGGCGGCCAGCAGGGGGCGGCGGCGCGGGAGAAAGAACUGGUCAACGUGAAAAAGGGAACGCUACUACCUUCCGAUUUUUCCGGCAUGGCGACGUUACGCCACUCCACGGACUCGUUGGCCAACGACGACAGUCACGACAGUGACCAGAGCGAUGAACACGCUCUGUUAUGAUUAAAGCCACAUCAUUAAAUGAUGACAAACAACGAGUGCAGUGAACCCCCGUUUAUUGCAGUGGAUAUGUUCCAGAUCCACCUGAAAUAGGAAAAAAUCCACAAUAUAGUGAAACCGUACAAAGUAAAAAAUGUUUCUUCCAGUAUUCCUUAGCUCCCAUUCUCACUUUUAGGAAGACUCUGCUUGCACAGUUCUCCAAAUAAAAGAUGUGCUUACUCUAAGCUGUUUAUUCAUAUUAGCAUAGCUGUUCCAGUAAGCAUUAAAACACACAGAAGUAGCACAUACAAACAAAAAAUGGAACAAAAGAUGAUCAAAUAUUGUAUCUUCAAAUGCAAACGUUCAACAAAAACACAUGGAACAAGUUGGCUAGCUUCCUGCUAGCACAUAAUGUGAAUUGCCAUUGAUGAGCUAUCGUUCAUUAGCAUAGCUGGUAAAUAGAAAGUUUCAAACUACUUUAAUACAAAAAUACAUGCAGUUCAAACGAAUAAUGGGAAAUAAUAAGCAAUUUAACAUUAUGUUUUGUAAAUUAGCAUAGACUGUCAUUCUAACACUUCAAGUAGCAACACAUACAAAUGCUACAUCGCAUCCAGUUGAGCUGAGCAUGUUGUAGUAUAAACAAGCUAACUACACCAAAAUUUAGUUUUGCCUGUAAAUUAGCAAGCAUGCGAACGAUAAAGCGCAAUCUUGCGGGGGUUCACUGUAUUCCGAAAUAUUGAAAUGUGAUCGUUUGGCUACACUGAUGUAAACAUUCCAUGUUUGAUUUGCACUGUUGGACUUGGCCGCCGUCAGAUUUGUGAAACGUUAACCUGUCGACAUCCUUUUUGGAAAUAGUCCCUCUUACGGCUCAUUUAUGUUCCAUGUUGGAUGAGAACGAAGACUACUCGUUGGAAGCUUACAGAUAUCUUGCAGUACCAUCUGUAAACCACAAGGGGCAGUGAUGAGAUUCCAAGCAAGGCAUGUCCAGGUAUGGCAGAUACCGUUGAAAAAAACAAUCGCCAUGAAGCUGCCUCCCAUUAUGCAUUCUUCAAAGAUUUUUUUUUGUAUUUCGGGAAAAUGAGUAAAUCCAUUCCAUUUUUGGUAGUAGCAUAAAUCAGUCCCUCCUAGAUUUCACACACUUCAACUUUUGGCAACUCUGCAGAUUACUUAAAUAUUGUUAUGAUGCAAAUGUUUUGAUUGAAAAAAACCCCCAGUAUGAAUCUUUUAAUAUUACUACGAUAUUAUAAAAAAUAAAACUAUUCUCGUGAAUUCUUUUUACAAAAUAUUGUUUUCAAAAAUGUGUUUAGAAAAAUAAUGCAAACUUCGAAAUUUUCCUCUAAAAUAUUUUGACAUUUCCCUAAAAAAUACACAAACUUUUAUUUUAAAGAACCUUUUUACCAUAACAAAAUCUCCCUUUCCAGUUUUUACUUCCUUUUUGCUGUCUUAUCCCCUCCUUGACGUCUGCAUUUGUAACCGAACAAAUGAGAAUUUGAUUAAAAUGAAGACGAAUCGGUGUGAAAUCCGAAAGGAACUGAUAAUCGAACCAUCUCGAGUCUGCUGACUGCAGCGUGUGAUUCAUUGUCAAAGCUUGCCAUCUGCAAAAGUUGCUUUUCUUUCCAAGAGGUCAUUCGGUUGAGGUUUUUUGCUUCCCGUUUAGGUUGUUUUUAACGCAAAACCUCAAAACGCUAACAUGGCGGCCUGUGUAAUUUGUCACCUGUCUGUACAUUUUUGGAAGGACUUAAAAAUUGCCAAGCAAAGGACGUAUCGGUGAUGAUCAGUGAUAUGUAAAUAAAUAAGCUGCAUUCUUAUACGUUUGUAUCCGCAGUCGUCGGGUUGUGCCGCAAUAAACACUGACCGACUUCA